ACACAACAAAGAGGGUCAUUACCAAACAUCUUGAGUAAUUGCAUAUCUGUGAACAUUUAGAAACAUUUUAGGCAUACUUCAUUGCGAUGGAUUUCAUGUAUCUAACAUGCCUAAUCUGGCUUAGUUUUGUUUCAAGAGAAGUUUCAUCCGAAGAGAUAUGUUACGAUGACGUCGGUUGUUUCACCGAUGACGAUUGCCACUGGCUCGGUUUCCCGCCAAAAUCACCGCAAGAAAUCAACACGCGGUUUUUUCUCUACACAAGACGCAAUCCGGUCGAACCACAAGAGCUCAAGCGGGGUGACGUCGACGGUCUCCGAGCGUCGAACUUUGACCCUAGGAAGAAGACGAAGAUUUCCGCUCAUGGCUACACAGCUGACUCCUUUAGGCCAUGGGAGGUGGAUAAAAAGGAUGCAUUCCUUGAAGCGGAAGAUGCAAACGUCAUCUGUGUCGACUGGUCCGAAGGCGCCUCGGGUCUGUACAGCAAAUGCCACCAGAACGUCCGCGUGGUCGGGCGGGAGAUUGGUCUUCUCAUUCGUUUUCUGAACCUGGAGAUGGGAAUGUUCUACAAGGACCUCCAUGUCAUUGGGAUGAGUCUUGGGGCACACGCCGUUGGAUACGCCGGCGAAUUCCAACCUGGAAUUGCAAGAAUUACAGGUCUUGACCCUGCCGGUCCGUAUUUCCGUGACGAAGGUUUCGAUUACCGCAAUAACGGACCCCAGUGUCGACUUGAUCCGACGGACGCCAUAUUUGUAGACGUCAUCCACACAGAUGCCAACGACAUCACAGGAGCAGGUCAAAUGUUACAGCUUGGCCACCAAGACUUCUACCCAAAUGGAGGACGCAAGCAGCCUGGUUGCGACGGCCCCGACUUGACGUCCGGAUGCAGCCAUUCCUGGGCAUGGAGAUUAUUUACUGAUAGCAUUCGAUCCACAAGUUGCGAUUUUACCGCGUACCCCUGCCAGAAUUGGGCCCUGUUCGUCGGCGGUAACUGCCGUGAGUGCGGUGACCGCGGUUGCGCAAUCAUGGGCUACCAUGCCGACCAGAACACUGCAGUGACGGGAAAGUUCUACUUGACGACGAACGCAGAGAUACCAUAUUGCAUACCUGAAUGAGUAGCGUAUUUUCGAUACAGAUACCAAUGAUUUUUUUUUCUUUCAAAUUUUCAAUCAUGUUAAACAUCCCCUCUUCUGUGCUGCCGAAU